AUAGAAACUGAAUAAAUACUCAACACAUACAAAAUAAAUUACCAAGCUAUACUUUUGCUUAUUAUGAAUGUUCCUGUACUGUUUUAAUAGGUCGUACGUUGGUAUAACUGUAUAAUAUUACCGUAGGUGAGGAGCGCGUCUGGAUUGGUGCGCGCAGCUGUCACUCAAAUUCUCCGUCACUCCUGCUAUAUGUGCGUCCUCUCUGUGUGCAACCGAGAUGACAUGAGCAACCAGCACUUUACACAGUGUAACAGCUGACAAUGUGAUCAUACAGAAUAAAACAACAUGUAAAGACUCAAAGCUUCCAGCUGUCGCUUUAGUUGAGGAGAGGGACGGGGUCUUCUGCUAUUUGACAUUCGUGUUCCUGGAAAGGCGUGCACUUUACUGUCGGAAACGAAAACUCAUCGCAAUCAUUUUGACCUCCCGAGAGCCGUGAGAACCCACGUUCACCGCCCUCACCACGAACUUCAACGCUGUGCGCAAAAGGGACAUCUGGAGAGCUUUUACGCACAGAGGUGAGGCGCAACGGCGGCGCGCUGCAUGCAACACGAAUGAUAGACGUGCAUAUAAACUCUCGCCCGACUGAAAAGUACUUUUUCUUGAAUUAUUGUAACAUUUACUUCUUGCAUCCGUUCAUGUGACACGGCCAAAGCGACCUGACUGUAGGACUAUAUAACAAACAGAUCUGUAAUCACUCGCCAUGGAAGAUAAUCGAAGUAAUUUGAGCGUGCUGAACUGGGAGCAGGUAAAGCGUCUGGAUGUCAUCCUCACCGAUUCCAUCCCCAUUCACGGCAAAUGGAACUUCCCCACUUUGGAGAUGAAACCUCGGGAUAUCGUCAAAGUCGUGCGGUGUCGCAUGGAAGAGCGCAAGAUUCACGUCCGGGAGGUCCGGCUGAACGGUUCCGCGGCCAGUCACGUUCUCCACGAGGACAGCGGUUUGGGCUACAAGGACUUGGACCUCAUAUUUUGCGCGGAUCUGAAAGGAGAAGGGGAGUUUCAGACCGUCAAGGAUAUCGUUCUCGACUCCCUCCUGGAUUUCCUGCCCGAAGCUGUGAAUAAAGAGAAAAUCACACCAGUUACAUUAAAGGAGGCUUACGUGCAGAAGAUGGUGAAAGUUUGUAAUGAUUCAGACCGCUGGAGUCUAAUCUCCCUCUCCAACAACAGCGGGAAGAACGUCGAACUGAAGUUUGUGGAUUCCCUGCGGCGCCAGUUUGAGUUCAGCGUUGACUCUUUUCAGAUCCGUCUGGACUCCCUCCUCCUCUUCUACGAGUGCUCUGAAAACCCCAUGGCUGAGACAUUCCACCCCUCCAUCGUGGGAGAGAGCGUUUACGGAGACUUCAACGUAGCCUUGGACCACCUGCAACAGAAACUGAUCUGCACGCGAAAUCCAGAAGAGAUUCGGGGUGGCGGCUUGCUGAAGUACUGCCACCUGUUGGUGCGAGGUUUCCGCGCGGCUUCGGAAGUCGAAAUGAAGCUUCUCGAACGCUACAUGUGUUCCCGGUUCUUCAUCGACUUCUCAGAUGUGGCGGAACAAAGGCGCAAGCUAGAGUCGUAUCUGCAGAAUCACUUUGUGGGAUUAGAGGACCGGAAAUACGAGUACCUGACCACCCUGUACAGUGUCGUCGAUGAAAGUACAGUAUGCUUGAUGGGACACGAACGGCGACAGACUCUGAGCCUCAUCACCAUGUUGGCGGUACGUGUUCUGGCGGAGCAGAAUGUAAUUCCCAAUGUGGCUAACGUCACUUGCUAUUACCAACCUGCACCGUACAUUGCAGAUGGCAACUUUAGCAAUUACUACAUUGCUCAGGUGCAACCAGUCUAUGCCUGCCAGCCCGUCCACACAUUCUCACCAUGGUUGCCCUGCAACUGACCAACUGUUAACUCACAUUUUGUCCAACAUGUCUAAUUAGAGCACUCGCCCAAUGAGACCAGUUGGCAAGUCGGUAUUUGUGUGCUCUACAAUGUGAGGAAAACCCAAGACUUUCCCAACUGGCUGCUGCCAGCUCACUGCAAGGAGAAGCUACAAGCGCGCCAGAUGAAAGAAAGGGAGGGAGAGUGAGGUAACUUGGAUUCAUUCCCAUCGGGCAGCACGUUCUACCUAGGCUUUCCAUGGCUAUGUGCCAGGCCUACAGUAGGAGGAAACACCAUGGAAACUCUAUGAGAGUAAUACGGACACAAAAAGGACUAUCUUUGUGUUUGUGUACAUAUGUGUGUGAUAGACAUACAUGAAGAAUCAAAGAUGUCCUGCAUAUUGUAUUGAAAGGGCAGAUAGAUUAGCAAGAUAACUUUUUUGAUGCUCAUUACUCAUGCUAUCAGACUGCAAUCAAUGGACACUUUUCUCAAGCCAAGGAUAUUUUCAUAGAUACCAGAUACCCAAAACAGAUUAUCAGUUAAGUGCCUUAAACUGAAAUUUUUUUUUAAAGUCACUCUGCAAAUGACCCCAAAGUAUGUUAGUCAAGACAUCUUUUUGGAGUCACAUAUGAAUGAAGGUAGUGCACAAUAGCAAAUGGAUGACGAGUUUUAAAGGCCACUUGAUCAUGAACUUCCAACUGAUGUAGUUGCAAGACCUAUUUCUUAUAAUGUAUUCAUUUAGGGGCCUAUAUGAAAGUGUUGCAUAAGAAGCUUUUUCCAUCCGAGGCACUGGCAAGAUUCGCAUACCUGUGUGUAAGACUGUACAUAUGAGUUUUUCACAGCUUCUUGUCUCAUCUAAACUGACCUCAAUGUACUGUUGGCUCAGUGCUGGCUUAGCUCAGAUUAAAAUGUCCAGGGCAAUGCCAUUACAUCUAAGGCAAAGAAGUAAAACAGGUCGAGGCCGAACAGGAAGAGAAUUAAUGAAAGUUGUUUAAGUCCAAAUUGUUGCUGUUAUAUCCAGGUUACCUGGCGUCUUUCUGAAAUCCUAAUUAUUACACAGCCACCAAAUCCAGAGAUUAUACCUUUGACACAUCUGACCUGCAUAACCUGGGGGAUUAAGACCAGCAGAGACAUAGCAGAAGCUCAUUUAAGGGAAGCAGAACAUAUACCAAAGAUAUUCUUGAUAUUCCUCAAGAUUGUGAAGCAACAAUACUUGA